UCGCCGCGAGCCCGCGCGCAGCAGCCCGCGCGGCGGCGCCGGAGACUGCGGGCCCGGGCGCCGCCCCCUCAGGUGAGGGCUUCGUCUCACAUCCUUCGCGCCUUCCCCGCGCGGCCCCUGGUUCUUCUUCCUCCUCCUCUGGUUGCCCGGAUAGCCCUGCGCCGGCCCGGCCGCCUUCUCUGCCCACCGGACCCCGAGGUUGGCUGACCUAACCCCAUUGGGCAUGGGGGUCGGGAGCCAUCGCCUUGGCGUCGCAGGGAGUGCUUUCCCUUCUCCGGGCUGAGGAGCCAACAUGUUGGUGAUACCUCCGGGGCUGAGUGAAGAGGAAGAGGCACUGCAGAAGAAAUUCAACAAACUUAAGAAAAAGAAAAAGGCAUUGCUGGCUCUGAAGAAGCAAAGCAGCAGUGGUACAGCGAGCCAGGGCGGUGUCAAACGCUCACUGUCAGAGCAGCCCGUGGUGGACACUGCCACAGCAACAGAACAGGCCAAACAGCUGGUGAAGUCAGGAGCCAUCAGUGCCAUCAAGGCUGAAACUAAGAACUCAGGCUUCAAACGUUCUCGGACCCUGGAAGGGAAGUUAAAGGACCCAGAGAAAGGGCCUGUUCCCACUUUCCAGCCAUUCCAGAGGAGCAUGUCUGCUGAUGAGGACCUACAGGAGCCAUCCAGACGUCCCCAGAGGAAAUCUCUGUAUGAAAGUUUUGUGUCUUCUAGUGACCGGCUUCGGGAACUGGGGCAAGAUGGAGAAGAAGCAGAGGCCCCCGGAGCUGGUGAUGGCCCACCUCGAGGCUUUGACUGGAGCUAUGAAGAACGUGGUGGUGCCCACUCCUCAGCCUCCCCUCCCCGAAGCCGCAGCAGGGACCGAAGUCAUGACCGGAGCCGAGAUAGGGACCGGGACAAAGACCGAGACAGAGAGCGGGAGCGAGACAGAGAGCGGGACAAAGACAGAGACAGAGACCGGGACAAAGACAGAGACCGGGACAGAGAUAGAGACAGAGACCGGGAGCGGGAACGAGACCGGGAGGGCCCUUUUCGCAGGUCAGACUCAUUCCCUGAACGGAGAGCCCCUCGGAAGGGGAACACGCUGUAUGUGUAUGGAGAGGACAUGACGCCCACCCUCCUCCGAGGGGCCUUCUCUCCCUUUGGAAAUAUCAUCGAUCUCUCCAUGGACCCACCCAGAAACUGUGCCUUUGUCACCUACGAGAAGAUGGAGUCUGCAGAUCAGGCUGUUGCUGAGCUCAAUGGGACCCAGGUGGAAUCUGUGCAGCUCAAAGUCAACAUAGCCCGAAAACAGCCCAUGCUGGACGCUGCUACUGGCAAAUCUGUCUGGGGCUCCCUUGCUGUCCAGAACAGCCCUAAGGGUUGCCACCGGGACAAGAGGACCCAGAUUGUGUACAGUGACGAUCUAUAGGAAACCUUGUGGAUGGCUUCUAGGACAUGAAGCUGGAUUCCUUGUGCCUCAUAUGCCCCCAAGCUGGUCUCAGUAAAAUCCUGGGGUAGAAGCUUUUCACCUC